AUGACUACUACAGCAGUUAAAGAUGGAGAAUUUCGAAUAAAGCCCUCUACUUUUCGUAAUACGAUCAGUAAAGAUCCGGAUGCGAUUUUUACUCCUGAAAAGUUAGUUUAUUGCAAUGGUGUUAGUUGUAGGUCUAGUUGGUUAUUUAAGCUGUUAUUUUUUGUUGUACUUGCACUAUGUAGGGAUCGUUAUCAUUUGUACAUUGCUCGGAGUUGUCCAUUUUCUCAUAGAGCAGCCAUCGUACGAGCAUUGAAAAGGCUUGAGGACAUUAUUGGAUUGAGCGUCGUUGAUUCCGUUAUGAGUGAAAAAGGAUGGAAAUUUAGUACUCCCGAGGAAACUCCUGGGUGUAUUCCAGACACUGUUAAUAAUGCUCAAUAUCUUAACGAACUAUAUUUCAAAGUUAAUCCUGAUUAUGAUGGAAGAUACACUGUACCUGUUCUUUGGGAUAAAAAAUUGCAAGCAAUUGUCAAUAAUGAAUCGAGCGAGAUAAUCCGCAUUUUUAAUGAUGCGUUCGAUGAUUUCGUUCCAGAAACAAGGGGCAAAACUUUUUAUCCAAAACAUCUUGCAAGUGAAAUUGACAAAAUAAAUGAUUGGAUUUAUAACAAAAUUAACACUGGUGUUUAUAAAUGUGGAUUUGCUGAAACUCAAGAUGAUUAUAUGAAUCAUAUUGGGCUCCUGUUCGAGGCUCUGGAUGAUGUGGAAGCCAUUCUUUCCAAAAAUAAGUUUCUUGUCGGAAAUACUUUUACUGAAGCUGAUAUCAGACUUUGGACCACAAUUGUUAGAUUUGAUCCAGUUUAUCACACGCUUUUUAAAACAAAUUUGAAAACUAUAAAACAUGACUAUCCAAACAUUCUUCGUUGGACUAGGCAAAUUUAUAAAAUCCCUAAAGUUGCUGAUACUGUCAAUAUGACACACAUCAAAAAUGGUUAUUUCAAAAACAUGAAGAAAAUCAAUCCACAUGGAAUUGUUCCUGUUUAUGAUGGACCUGAUCUUAGUUUAUAA